GGUUUUGGAGAACAUGCACGAUUUCCCUUUAUACGUAUAACAAAUAAUGCAAUGUUACCCCCUCGCCCGAUGUACACGAUAGCAUGCCUCGCUGUCGCUUGCUGUCGUGUAUGUCGUGCUCGUGGACAGUGCAUUAUUUAGUACACACUAUCGGUCAGUGUGAGGGGUAGUGGGAAUGACCAGACGGUGUACAGACUACAUGUAUAUAAUCCACUGAUACCACUCUUCGCCAGUCAUUUCUUGAAGUUGACACAGACUCAGAGAAUGUCCGUAAUAACUGCUGUUCUGGCAUUCGGCCUCCUUGCCUCUGGGAACGCCUGGCUUUUUGGCGGCGGACCGCAAUGGGAUGAUUUGAAAGUCACUUUCGGAAUUAACCCCUUCGGUAAUUCGUUUUCGUCGAUGCCAAGAACCACUAAGGACGCCGUAUCUGAUGGUUGGAAGCUGGACUCUAAGUGCGGCAGCAACAGCCAGUUCAUGGGCAACCGUUACAUCAAGGACGGCGAUACAGCGGUGAUGUUGUUGUUUGAUAAGAACGGCUACAUUGCUGGUAUACAAGCUGGGAUUCCUAAGAAGGCUGGCACCUUUCCAUCAAGUAUGAGUGAGGACGUCAGAAAAUACUUCAUUGAAGAGAGCGACAAAUUCACCAUCACUGCCUACUUUACCGACCCAGCCACCAUCUGUAGCGCCGGCCGCACUGCUGACCAGUACUCUGCUGACGGCACCGGUACUGCCCUCUAUAUUCAGAAAGGCACCAAUCCUGCCACUGAUUCCAUCGCCUUGCCAAUGUCCCAGGAUGACGUCAAGAACACAAUGUGGACAGAGGGACAUUGCUUCUACGGCAUGGGCAAGCACUAUUGGUACAAUGUUCGUAAAGACAUGUCCUGCAACGAGUUUGUCCCAGUAUUCCUCUUGUACAAUGGAGGUAGAUUGAACGCGUUCGGCUGGGCGUUCAUUGGAGACUUUAAGUCACCCAGAUAUGAACAUCCUGGACAGUCCAGCUUUAAGUGGUUUUUGGAUCCCGUCCCGACCUGUGUAACCAGCGUGGGUACAUUGUCCACCAUGCACAUCUACAUGUACAGCACGGCCAGAGUCAACACGUGCUAGGCAGCCGUCAUAAGUACCCCAGUUAUGCAAUGGGGCACCGAAUUUAAUGCGCACAUUAUUAUUAUUAUUAUCAUUAUU